AUAACAAUGGCGACUCAAGCCGCGGGAGCUGCGGUUGCAGGAUCUGCUAGCAGUAAAUCCAGCACCAACUCCCCGUUCAGCCGUAAGAAAGAUGGAGGCCCGUGUAUUGAGUACUGGGAGAGUGCAGAGACUGUUGCACAGCUUGAAAGCGUUCGCAGCUGGAUUGGGAAGCAUUAUAAAAAGUAUGUGCAAGCUGAUGCUCCUUCCAGCAAGUCUCUCUCAGGACUAAUUAUCCAGCUCCUGCAGUUUCAGGAAGAUGCCUUUGGUCGAAAAGCAACUAACCCAGGCCUCACCAAAUUACCUACAAGAUGUUUUUUGGACAUGAAACCUGGUGGUGCACUAUGUCACAUUCUUGGAUGUGUGUAUAAAUUUAAGACUGAGCAGGGCUGGCGCCGAUUUGACCUGCAAAACCCAUCCAGAGUGGACCGGAAUGUAGAGAUGUUCGUCAGUGUGGAGAAAGCCCUCAUACAGAAUAACCUGCUGAGCAGACCUGUGGUAUACUUAUCUCCUGAGCUGGAUCAGAAGCAGUCCAGCAAACUGAAAGACAUCGUCACAAGACAUCAGGGUUCUGUCACAGAGGACCGGUUACAGGCCACUCAUCAAAUGUAUCCCACCCCCACACCAGCAGAUGAAGAAGAUUGGUUCAGACCUGUUCUGCGGCUCGAUCAACAGGUGAUGGUACACUGGGGUAUGUACCCAGACAGCUAUGAUGCAUGCCUGUCAGCCACUGAUGUUGAUGCAGAUGUAGAGGAAGCUCCUGCUGAAGAUCUACCAUGGAAGGUCCAUGCUAAAUGGGUUCUGGACACAGACACAUUUAAUGAGUGGAUGAAUGAGGAAGACUACGAGGUGGAUGACAACAAAAGGAGCAUGAGCCAUCGGCGGCGUAUUUACCCACAUGAAGAGGAGGAAUCUAAGGUGUCAGGAAAGAAGAGGAGACGCUCGCCCUCUCCAUCUUCAUCUGAGUCUAGGAAAAAAGGAGGGAAAAAAGGCUCUUUUAAGAGGCGUGACCAGCAGGAGGAAGUGGAUCCGGAAGAAGAUCUGACUAAGGACAUGGAGGACCCAACACCUGUCCCUAAUAUGGAGGAGGUCCAAUUGCCUAAAAAUGUAAACCUGAAGAAAGACAGUGAGAACACACCGGUAAAGGGAGGAAUCAUGGCUGACCUAGAUGACCAGGAAGACGAGCUUAUAUCAGGUGUCAGAGAUGAAGAGGAUCAGGGCAGAGAGUUUGGACGUGGGAUGGAAGGUGAAGAAAGUGCCACAGAGCAGACUCACCAUAUCAUCAUUCCCAGCUUUGCCUCUUGGUUUGACUAUAAUUGUGUUCAUCAAAUCGAGAGGAGAGCACUGCCUGAGUUCUUUAAUGGAAAGAACAAGUCUAAAUCACCAGAAAUCUAUUUGGCGUAUCGGAACUUCAUGAUUGACACAUACCGGCUGAACCCUCAGGAGUACUUGACCUCCACCUCGAGCAGACGUAACCUGACUGGAGAUGUGUGCGCUCUUGUAAGGGUCCAUGCAUUCCUGGAGCAGUGGGGUCUUAUAAAUUACCAAGUGGAUGCUGAGAGUAGACCCCUUCCUAUGGGCCCUCCGCCAACACCUCACUUCAAUGUUCUUACAGAUUCUCCGUCAGCCCUGGUCCCUCUUCAGCACAGACCAUUACAGGUUUCAGCGUCACAGCAUAUGCUUCAUUUUCCUGAGAAGAGCAGAGAAAAGCCAUCAGACCUGCAGAACUUUGGUCUGCGCAUUGACAUUUAUGCCAAGAGACAUCCCAAGCCUAAAGGAGCAAAUGCAGGACGAGAGUGGACAGAACAAGAGACGUUGUUGCUCUUAGAGGCAUUAGAGAUGUAUAAAGAUGACUGGAACAAGGUCUCCGAGCACGUGGGUAGCCGCACACAGGAUGAGUGUAUCCUGCACUUUUUGCGGUUACCCAUAGAGGACCCUUACUUAGAGAACUCUGAAGCUUCAAUGGGUCCUCUCGCCUACCAGCCUGUUCCUUUUAGCCAGUCAGGAAACCCUGUCAUGAGCACAGUGGCCUUCCUGGCUUCAGUGGUUGACCCCAGAGUGGCGUCUGCGGCAGCCAAAGCAGCCCUGGAGGAAUUCUCCCGUGUAAGAGAACAAGCCCCUCCAGAGCUGCUUAACCCUUCUAAUCAAAAAAUGCAAGAACAAGGGCAAUGUUUAGCAACACUGGAUCCCAUCUUUGGGCUACAAUCAAGUAACUCAGGACUGGAGUCAGACCAACUAGAAAAGACAGAUGGAAGCAGAUUAGAAAAGUUGGAGUUUGACUCUGAACAACCUGAAAAGCCUGCAGGAGAGAACCACACAGGAGAGUUACAGCAGGUCAAGAAUGAGGAAAAAGAUGAGACGGAAGGAGAGAAAUGUGAGGAGAACAAAGCAGAGGAAGGAAUGGAGGUGGUCCAUACCCAACAAGAAAAUGAGGAUAGAAGAAGGAGAGCAGAGCUUGAGCUGGUUGAAGCGAAUAUAGCCACAGCUGCAGCUGCUGCACUGGCUUCUGCUGCAACUAAAGCCAAGCACUUGGCUGCAGUGGAGGAGAGAAAGAUCAAGUCUCUUGUGGCUCUACUGGUUGAGACGCAGAUGAAGAAGCUAGAGAUUAAGCUGAGGCACUUUGAGGAGCUGGAGACCAUCAUGGACAGAGAGAAAGAGGCACUGGAGCAGCAGAGGCAGCAGCUGCUGUCAGAGAGGCAGAAUUUCCACCUAGAGCAGGUGAAGUAUGCUGAGAUAAAAGCUCGACAGCAACUAGAGCAGCAGCAACAGGGUGGAGCGUCACAGAGCGGUGGAGCGGUGUUCGACCCUUCCAACCACGACUCAACUCCACCUUCCUCGCAGUCUGAAGGGGCACCCAUCUCUCGACCCCCAGUGGAGAGCUAAAAUCUCACCCCUUCACCAGUCACCUUCCUGGAUAUUUCAGCUAUAUAUAAUUACACAAACGUUACAGCUUUUUUCAACUAUGGUUCUUAUUCACAUUUCAUAUGGCCUAAUUCAUAAAUAAAUGUUUCAAAACUUG